CAAAGCUUAAAUAUAGCGUUCUGAGAGGCGCGCUUCUCACAGUUCCUUCCGUCUUCGUUUGGCGAGCGAGAGAGAGAGAGAGAGGCAAGGGGUCACUCAAUAAUGGCUUCUUCUUCUUCUUCGUAUCUUCCUCAUCCUCAUCCUCAUCGAAUCUCUGUUCUCCUUCAUCUUAUUGUAUUCUUUCUCUUAUCCUCCCUAGUCGCAUCGGACACGGAGGCGCUCAAAGGUGUUGGUCCGGGCAACUCAGCUCUGAGUGUCAACCUUACUUCGUGCGAGCGCAUCCAAGUCUCUGGCUACCCAAGAACCGAAUUAGGAAAGUAUGCACAUUCUUUUAAGGUCAAGUUGGCUCCUUUGGUUACUCUCUCGGAGAGGCUACACUGCAAAAUUCAGAUUUGUGUUCACCGGAAUGCUUCACUUGGAAUGUGUCAGUGUGAGAAAUCUGAUUGGAAAAAUCUUCAGAAGGGCCAGUGGAGCUUUGUCAUGUCCCCAUAUGAUACACAAUACAUUGAUUUGAAGUACACUGGUCAAUCUUCUGCUUCAGUCACCAUCUCCAUUACAGAAGAUUUUCAGCAAUGGCGUAUUCUCUGUCUUGUGGUCGGACUGGUGGUGAUCUUGGCAGCACCAGUUGUCAGCAGCUGGCUUCCAUUUUACUACACCAGCUCUAUGGCUGUUGGUGUCUUCCUCGUCGUUCUUAUCAUUAUUUUCCAGGUUAUGAGGCUAUUGCCUACCGGGAGGAAAAACGUUAUGUAUCUUGCUUUCUACGGAUCUGUGGUAGGGGCUGGAUCAUUCAUUCUACAUCAGUUCUCAAUGAUGAUCGACAUGAUUCUUGUCAACUUCGGGCUGAGUGAAGACAUGUAUAGUCCAGUUGCAAUCCUCGUGCUUGUGGGAAUAGCCAUCACAGGAGCUGCUUUUGGAUUCUGGACGGUGAGGAAGUUUGUGGUUUCCAAAGAUGGAGGUGUGGAUGCUAGUGUUGCCCAGUUUGUUAAAUGGGCAAUGCGUUCUGUAGCCGCCACGUUUAUCUUCCAGAGCACAAUGGAUACCCUUUUGGCGAUGGGAGCUUUCCUCUCAGCUAGCUUACUCGGUUAUCUUAUCAGCAGAACCAUUCACAGAAGGAAAAGCGUUGUAACUCAAAGGCAGUGGCUGGUCCCUGCAGGUAAGGGACGUCCUAUGCAUGGACGAGCUGAGUUUCUUAGCCGUCCCGGAGGAGGUGGACUGUGGAACAGUGCUUGGACUGUACCUUCAUAUACUGGUUCUCCUUCUAACGGUUUGAGGAAUGCGAUGUCACGGUCUUCAUUUAACCGGAGAAUACCGAUUGAAAGGAAGGAUUAUUAUUCUACGUACCACAGGACGCCGAACCGGAAGAAGUUGUCAAAGGACGAGUAUGAAGAGGUGACACGAGAGACGACGAGGGAAGCAAUGGCGGGACUCGCUGCUUCUCCGGGGUUCAGUGAUUGGUUGAUUGAGCAUGCUGACAGAAUCAAGUUGCUUCCGGAUGAAAGUUAUGAUGACGAGAUGGGUAGUGAAUCAGACUCAACCGGUGAACAAUCCUGGGCAGGUUUUAUCUGGUAGAGAGUUGAGGCAACAAUUCUUAAACUAGUUGCAGGACACGUGUCGUUUAGUGCUUACCAUUAACUUGGCAGGGAUGAAUGCUCUCAGCUUUGAGAGAGUUUAGGGGAUAGUUAGGAGUUAAGAGUUUAGUCUUUGUACAAUUUUACAGUUUUCUCCAAUCUAAAGCAGCUUAGGGUUACUCUUGGUUGUGUAGUGAUGUUUGCUCCUUUUGUUUCUAGUGGCUCUGUGCCAUCCACACCUCUUUUAAAUGGAUGAAAGGUUUUGAAAUGAUUAGAUCAUUUCCCUAA